AUGGAGUCGCCUAAGAAGGCUGACGGGACUUCCACUCCUAAGGAGGCUCCUGGCGAUGGGCUGCUGACUCCAGUGCAGCCUGCGUCUGAGUGUCCGGACCUGCUGGCUGCAGAUCUAGCUCAGUCGUCAUUGUCAGCCCGCCUGUCAGCGCUCAAGGUCAACGGUCUGAAGGAUGAGGUUGAACGUCCUGCUGCUGUCAACGAGGCUGCGGCUCAGUCCUCACCUCAGGAAUCCCCGCUGCGAUCUCCGGAAGAAGAGCUUCUUGAUGAACCUGUGGUGGAGAAUGAUGACGAGGGUUACAUUAGCGAUGAUCCAGACGAGGAAGCUGAUCCGGAAGCAUUGAGCAUUAUCGCUUCUAAGCUGAAAUACACGCUUACUCUUCUUGUCCCUUUCAGGUACGAAUCAGAAGUGCCUAGGACGGCUGAUACUGUCGUAGCUCACCUUGAUCAUUGGAAAGAGGAUCUAUCUCCUGAAGCUCAAACUACUACGACGUGUCAGAAGCUGACACCGGCUUACCUCUCCAAGACGCGUUUCGGCCGUCUGCAAGUUGUCUUCACCUCGGAAGACGACGCGUACUACGUCAGGCAGAGGAAGAUCGAACACGUCACGCUCAAGGGGGAGACGUUGGAGCUGAGGUGGCAGUUUCCGGAGGACUCCACGUAUGUUCACUUGCGAGCACUCCAUCCGCAGGCGAUCGAGGUGGUGUUGAAGGGUGUUCCGGCGGAGGUUACUCCUGAUGCGGUUUAUAGCCUGCUAGUGGAAGUGAAACUGCUGCUGGGGGUGGUGAAGCAUGCGUCUGGAAGGCUGAUCAGUGUAGACUUGAAGUGGAAAGAGCUUGUGCUGCGGCUGGUGGCAGUAUAUCUUCCGGCGCAGGCGGGGAUACGCAAUAUCUUCCUCAGGGACUGUUUUUUCCCCUUCUUAGACGGACUGCCUGCAGCAACGCACACAAUGCUCAUGGGGGAUUUCAAUCUGGUGGAAGAUCCGGAGCUGGACAAAACCUCCAAGCUCGGGUCAAUGGCUGAGAAUCAGAGACUACUGAACGGUUGCGCCGGGUUGGACUUGCAUGAUGCCUUCCGCACCCUUCACCCAGUGAAGAAGGAGUUCACCUUCUAUUCAAGGUCGGCGAGGGUGAGCUCAAGAAUCGAUCGCGCGCUUGUGUCGGCGUCGAUGCUGGGCUGCAUAGGCGGAGCCUUCCACACCUCUAUCCCGAAGGGGAUCACGGACCACUGGUUUGCAAUCUCGGUGAAGCUGACGUCGUCUGAGGGGAACGCGAAAGGUCCCGGCCUGUGGAGGCUGCCUGCAAAAAUAGCGAAAAGUCAAGGAGUGAGGAACAUUGCACAGGCGAUUACACAACAGCAGGGUGCGGAAGAUGAGUUCGUCAAAACGCUGAAGAAGCUGAAUGCGGGUCUGCAGGAAUAUGCGAAAGGGGAAAGGAGGAGGGCGGCUCGUACAGUCGAACAUCUGGAGGAAAAGGUGGCGGUGCUCAGGCAAGCCUUUAUGAGUGACGCCGGGAAUCUCGACCUGCAGGAGCAACUGGCAAGGAGUGAAGCACAACUGAAAGCGUACUGGGAUGGGAAGAACGAUUGGCUGCAGACGUUGGCAGGCAUACAAGGGGAGUUGGAGGGAGAGACGGCGUCCAAGUUCCUCACGGGGAAGAUAGCUUCACGGAGAGCGAAGACAGAGAUUCAGUCGCUUUCGGUGGGGGGAAAAACGGUGACGGAGGCGAAGGAGAUCUUGUUGGCCGCAUCAGAUUUCUUCCGAGACCUCUUUGGAAAGGCCAAGGAGACGUCGGGGGAGAAGUGGCUAACUGACAAGAGCAAGCGGCUGGAUGAGAAAGAUAGGGAGGUGCUGCAAGCGAAAUGGACGGAAAAGGAAGUCAGAAAGGCGCUAGCAGAGCUGCCCAAGGGGAAAACGCCAGGUCAAGACGGGCUACCGAGGGAGUUUUUUUAG